AUGUUUGAGCGAGUGGACAAUAGGGCGAGAACAGAGACAUGGGAUGAUGGUUAUGGAGACGAGGAGUGGGGGAUAAAUGAGGGGUAUAUGGGGUAUCCAGGUGGGUUUCAAUAUCAGGCACUUAAUCGUAAUCAGCCGUUGUAUCAGCAACAGAGGCAGCCACGGGGAGUAGAUGCUUAUCAGACCCCGCCACAGGUUCAUAAGGCACCGGUUGCACCUCGCCAAAGACAAAGAGACCCUCGAUUUCCAGAUCCGAAUAUUCGAGGAGUUGAGAGCCAUUUUAGGCCGCACAUUGCUGAGCAUGCAUCCCCGAUAGUGAUGCCAGUAGCACCGGGUAAUGUGGAACGUUCGUUUGAAGCAAAACCACAUAUUCUGAACAUGCUACCUACCUUUCACGGGAAAGGUACUGAAGAGCCAUAUGCACACAUAGCAGAUUUUGAGGCAGUGUGUGGUAUGAUUGCUGGACACGGUUUUACGCCAGAUCAGGUUAAGUUGGUAUUGUUUCAGUUUUCAUUAAAGGAUGUUGCGAGGGAUUGGUUUACAUCGUUUCCAUAUGCUAGCAUUUAUACAUGGCAAGAGCUGCAGCAACAAUUUUUGGAUGAGUACUAUACCCCGCAAAGAACUAAAACGGGGAGAUUAGCAAUUAGAGAGUUCCAACAAUUACCGGGUGAACUUCUUUACGAGGCUUGGAAACGGUUCAAUCAAUUGAUCCGUAAUUGUCCUCACCACGGUAUUCAAAGAUGGGAGUUGAUUACCGCAUUCCACGAUGGGAUUUCCAAUGAGGAUAGACGGGAUAUUAAGGCUAUCACUGGGGGUACAUUUUUGAAAAAUCAUGUGGAUGUAGAUUGGGAUUACUUGGAUAUUGUUGCAGCAGAUUCGAAGAGGCAGGCACAGUCGGAUAGGAAUAAAAAGUAUCCAAUUGUGGCACCAUCAAGUGCGGGAGCUUCUAAUGCAAGGGUUGCUCAGCUAGAGAGAGAAAAGGAGGCAUUGGAACGCCAGUUAGCGAAAUUUCGAGGUUUGGGCGAACGGGAUGCAGUGCAUGUGGCGCAAACCUUUCCGGUUUGUGAUUCAUGUGGAGAUUUGGGACAUACGUUGGAUGCAUGCCCGGGUCAGUUUGUAGCGGCUGAGGAGGACGUGAACAUGGUUUAUGGAGAGCAAAGGAAUUAUGAUAUGAAUUCAAACACAUAUCAUCCAGGUUUGCGUAAUCAUCCAAACUUUUGGUACAGUAAUACUAAUCAAUUGAAUCCUCAUUUUCAGGUACCGAAUCAAGAAAGCCAGCCGUAUCAGAACCGUCAAUCGAAUUAUAAUCAGAAUUACCCUCAAGGAAAUUACAACAAGGGCAACCAAAGAAGUUAUCAGCAACAACAGGAGCAGGGCAAGGCAAAUACUUCAAACGAGGAGGUUUCCAAUCGGGAGAUUAUGGAAAUGUUGAAGCAAAUGAAAAAAGACCCAGAAGUGCAAGCUAAAUCUCAUCAAGCAUUGGAAAAGCAAGUCGCCCAACUGGCGACCGAGAUGGCACAAGGGAGAAAAGAUUCGAGUCGAUUGCCUAGUGAUACCACGAAGUAUCCACAGCAUCAAGGGAGUUCGUCUAAUGCCAGAAUUAAUCAGGUAAGUAUUCUUCGUUCUGGGAAAGUUUAUGAUAAUCAGGUUGGGACUCCUCCACAGUUGGUUGAAGGUGUUGUGGAGGAGGUUGAUGAGGAAAACGAGUCCGAUGCGGAGCCGGGACCUAUUAGCCCUAAAAAGAAUAAAAAAGAAAAUCUCGAAAAUAAUAGGGUGAUAGAUACUGAACCGGGUGACAAAAAGGAGAAGGGUAUGGAGGGUAAUACCGUACCAUUUCCUAAGGCUUUAAUUAAUCCCGAAACAAAAGUUGUUAAUAAACGGGGCCCACAACAGGAUGAGAUGUGGGAAGUUUUUAAACAGGUGAAAAUUAAUCUUCCGUUACUAGACGCAAUCAAGCAGGUUCUGGCAUAUGCAAAAUAUUUGAAAGAGCUUUGCACCCAAAAACGGCACAACAAAUUUCCGAAAAAGAUAGCUUUAACCGAAAAAGUUAGUGCCGUUUUGUCGGGUGAUCUUCCACCAAAGCUCCGAGAUCCAGGUGCUCCUCUAAUCCCCAUUCAAGUGGGUGAAUUUAAGAUGAGUCGAGCCUUGCUGGAUUUGGGAGCAAGUGUUAGCAUCUUACCGGGAAGUUUAUACGAUCAAUACGACUUCGGACCAUUGAAACAAGCCGACACCACCGUGGUGUUGGCCGACUUGACGUUAAAACUACCCCGGGGGAUCUUACGUGAUGUCAUUGUCAAAGUUGACGAGUUUUAUUACCCGGUUGACUUUUUGGUUUUAGACUACGUGCAAAUUGAAAAUACUAAACAACCUAAUGUCAUACUUGGUAGACCAUUUUUAGCAACCGCUAAUGCACUAAUCGAUUGUAGAAAUGGUACGGUUGACAUCACGUUUGGAAAUCGUAAGGUCCGAUUAAAUGCUUUUGCCCGUGCAUCUGAUUCUCUAGUCAAUGAUGAAUGCUUCAUGGCGGACAUUAUUGACGGGUGUUAUCCUCACGAAAGUGGGGAAUGCACUAUAGAGACGUGUUUUGUUUGUGACAGGAUUUGGCAGAAAUAG